UGUAUUCCCUAUAAUGUAACCUUUAUGUUGCCGGUAAGUCCAUUUCCGGUAAAACAGAACGCUAGGGCAGACGAAGGAGAAGGACGAAGCAAUUGUAUUGUUAUCUGUCAUUUCUUUCAGUUAUGGGCGAUCGAAAAAGGGUGUGCAUUGUUGGCUCAGGAAACUGGGGCUCAGCAAUAGCAAAAGUUUUGGGAACAAAUGUAAAGACAUUGGACCAGUUCGAAACACAGAUUAACAUGUGGGUGUUUGAAGAAGAUAUCAAUGGUCGCAAACUUACAGAAAUAAUCAACACUGACCAUGAAAAUGUGAAAUAUUUGCCAGGCCAUAAAAUACCAGAAAAUGUGAUUGCUAUCCCAGACGUAGUUGAAGCAGCUAAAGAUGCAGACAUUCUGGUUUUUGUCAUCCCUCACCAGUUCUUGCCAAAAAUAUGUGGGCAAUUGAAAAGUUCUGUUAAGCCAACUGCAGUUGGAAUCUCUCUGAUUAAGGGUUUCAACAUGAAAGAAGGUGGUGGGAUCGCUCUGAUAUCCUCAGUUGUGGAGGACACACUCCAUAUUCCAUGUGCUGUUCUAAUGGGAGCCAACAUUGCAGACGAGGUGGCCUCUGAAAACUAUUGUGAAGCAACUAUUGGCAUAAAGCAAAAGGAACAUGGAACUCUACUGAAGAAACUGUUCCAAGCUGACUAUUUCCGUAUAGUUGUAUGUGAGGAUGAGGACACUGUAGAAAUCUGUGGUGCCUUAAAGAACAUUGUAGCAGUUGGUGCAGGGUUUGCAGAUGGCCUGGGUUAUGGAGACAACACCAAGGCAGCAGUCAUCAGGCUCGGACUCAUGGAAAUGGUCAAAUUCUGUGAAGCUUUCUAUCAUGGGUCCAGCCAGAGCACAUUUCUGGAGAGCUGUGGUGUGGCAGACCUGGUCACAACUUGCUAUGCAGGCAGAAACAGGAAAGUGGCAGAAGCAUUUGUCAAAUCCAAGAAGAGCAUUGAGGAGCUGGAGAAGGAGAUGUUGAAUGGUCAGAAGCUGCAGGGUCCACCUACAGCAGAGGAGGUGAACUUCAUGCUCAAAUCAAAGGGCAUGGAGGAUAGGUAUACCGGCAUUGACAAUCACACACUCACAUGGGGCAUGGAGGAUAGAUUCCCAAUGUUCACUGCUGUUCACAAGAUAUGCAAGGGUCAAUUGCCAGUGGAAGAAUUUAUCAACUGUCUGAAGAAUCACCCAGAACAUAUGUAAUUGCAUAAAUACAGUAUUGACUUGUUUAAACAGCCAUCUUAAAAUGAAUGGUUUGUCUAUUUAGCUCAGGUUUAGUGACUGUUGGUAAUUAAUUGUGAUAAGUUUUAUAUUAUAUUGCAGAUAAGAUGUCUAAUACUGUAGUUAUGUUUAAUGAUUUUAUUCGAAUGGUGAUAGAUUAUGAAUGAAUUAAAGUUAUAAAUAAAUUUAAAGGGAUUGCAAAUAUUUUUCUGUGAGCUUUCAUUAUCACCAGCUACGCAUCAAGGUUUCAUUUAAAUGACUCCUUAUUUACCACUUGGAGGAUUUUGUUAACUUCAAAAGAAUAAAUCUCUGAAAUUGAUGAAA